UUCUUUUUCAUUUUAUUUUCAUCUCAAUAUCUUAUAUCUCAGAAAGUUAUAACACUAACGUAACCAUACGUUGUGUUUUGUGUGGAUUUUAUUUCUAUUAACGUUUCAAUGAACUGUAAUCAUUAUCUGAUGAGGAACAAUGUGAGCCUUUCUCAAAUCUGUAUUUCCAGUUCUAAAUACCGGCUUUGCUGCUCUACACGCCACUGUGUCCCCAGGCAAGAAACUUUAAAUGGUGUCUUCUGUUUCUCCCAUGUUCAAAGAGAAGUGUUGUUUUUCAUAAACCUCAGAGAUGAUCUGAAAGAUAAACCCCAGCUUUUUUUUUGCAAAACUCAGAACAGAUUAUUUACCAGUAACAGGCAUGUGACAUUGGAAACAUACUUAAUUCAAAUAUCCUAUCCUUUAAUAGACUUGGAUUUAUUUUUCCACCUUGUUGUGUUGAUCUUAUAUGUCUGCUUAAAUGCCUAGACUUCUCGGUGAAGUGAUUGGCUGGCUAUAUAUUUGCCUUUAACGAAGUUGUCAUGGUGUACUUAAUAAAAGGAAAGAACAUCGAAGUCGAGGUUUCUGACGUCCUUCCUUCAGUCGUUGUCAGGGUGCUGUGAAUCAGGGCUGGGGUCUCUGUUAUUUAUCUUCAGAAGUAGUAAAGUGGGCGGGGCGGUGCAUGGUCACGUGGUGUUCGCCUCGUCUAUAAACAGCACAUACACCUCAGGCGAAACAUACGAUUGUCAUGAGCUGCUCCGUACGACCGCGAUACUUUUAAAGAAAUAAGUAGACAUAUAAAGUGUACUUUAAGAACGUAGAAUGACUCGUUAACAUAUACUGUGACACAACUGGGGUGAAUAUGAACAAACGCGUGCACUGAGCGCUUUCCUGGUCAGUAAGUAACGGUCGUAACUGUCCGACGGAGAAAUUCGUUUUUGAAAAACGUAAACGUCGACUAGAAGCUGGACGCCUGUUUCAUUUAGGUCCUCCAUUAUAAAUUACAUUAUAUUCCUCGUUAAAUACUCGCUUAUACGAACGACAAUGGACAGGGGUGGCUGUCAAAUGAAUGGCGGUGGUGGUGGUCGUGUGGGAGACGACAGGGAGACGGACCGAGGCGGGAUGAUCACACUGGAAGACCUGGAGUCUUUCGCCGAAGACCAGCUGUCAGACUCCGGCAACGGCAGCUUGGAAGAAGAAGGAGAGGGGAUGGAAGAGGACGACGACCGACUGCUGCAUUAUUGGCAGGACGUAGCCAGAGGACACCAAGUGGAAGUUGCUCAAGAUAUGUCUGAGCCCAUUCAGCAGCUGAGCACCAACAACCAAGGACGCAGCCACAGGCAGCAAGUCCCUUUCACUCUGCUUACACGAAAAGAAAAGNNCGGUCAGCUGCUCUAUGAGAAACGCAGCUAUGAGAAAGGCCACUGGGCCUGUAUCACAAUGCGUGAGGAAACUUAUGAGCAGAGCAUCUGCUAUGGAUUUAUGAAAAUAAUGAAAUACAUCUGCCAACAGAAUUCUUCAGGUGACUACUUAGGCAUGACCAUCCCCAUCGUGACAGUGGUGCACACAAACGAGAAUCAUUCUGUGAUUUCUCGGGAUGUCACGGUGGCGUACCACCUUCCUAUUGAGCAUCAGGCCCAGCCUCCGCAACCCCUCGACAGUGAGAUCGUCAUUGAGAUUUGGCCACAUGCUGUCAUAUACACGAGGGCCUUCACUGGACCGACCAACGAGGUGACCCUCAUUAACCAGAUCAACGCCCUGGCAGAGCUGCUGGAUUCUCCCGGCAUUUGCGUCAACGACUCGUUCAUCGUGGCCGGCUACACCAACCCUGCUCACAGUAACCGUCAGAACGAGAUCUGGUUCCUGGAGCGACAGGGGAUUUAAGGAUUAGGUAGCACAAUUAUGCUUGUGACCUUGAACCACCGCCCCUAAGGAAGACUUACUUUACUCUGCCUCAGCUCAUCUACAGCAUUUAGGGGCUAAAUCCUUCUUAGACGCCUUUACCUGAAUCAAACACCAGCCAGUUACACUCCAGAGAAAUUUGGAAAUAAACCUCAGUAAAUUAUCACUCGUGUUUUUAAAGCAAUUAUAAUUAGCACAUCUUUCGUCAACCCCUGAGUUUUCAUGGAUUUUCACUUUGCCCCCUCCUCAAAUACCGACAACAUUUUUAACCAACAUUUUGGCAUUGAGUCGUGCACUUCAAGUCAAUUGGCCUUCAGUUCAGCGUUUGUGAAGUUUCGCCUUUUUUCUUUGUUAAUCUUUGGUUUUCAAAGUAACCUGAAGUAGUGGCUUCAGUCAUUUGGAUUGUUACAAAGUAUUUCUGCAACGUUGUUUUGGCAUAUAUGCAAACUUUAAUGUGAUCCACCAAACUAUCCCCAAAGACCAUUUUAAGAAAGCACUAAUGUUUAACAACCUCUGGAACAAAAGUGAAAAUCACACGCACAGUAAACCUGACGUACUUUCCAGACAGUUGUACCAGUCUAUAGGUGGUAUUUAUUUUUAAACAUUUAUUUUAUAAGAACUAACAUUAAAUCUGGAAAGCUUAACAAACACAUGCUAAAUAUGUUAUCAGGCUAAUAGUUUAACGUAUAUUAUUCAUCAUCACUGAAGGCAUUCACCAGUGAUUAUUCAAAUUCUAUUACAACAGUAUGGCUUUCUCUUUCUGGUUUCAAUUUAUUUCUUUUGUCAUUUGUAUCUUUAUGGUUAAGUUGAGUCAUUUUUCAAUGGUUCAGGAGCAAUAUUCAAAGUAGACUGUGCACUGUGGUGGCCAUAGAUGAUAUGGAGUGUAUUAUUUUCAUGUUA